AUGAGUAACUUGUCAACAGACGCACCAACCAUCCAGGCAGAUCAGCAUGCAACUGAAGUCCUUCGACUAUUCCGCGCAAAAUAUGACGCUUUCUACAAGAAUGGCGCGCAAAGUGCAGCCCGUCAGUUAGCCUCUGAAACGGACAUGACCCACUUCAGCCAGACGGCAGUUGAGUUCCUAGCCACCUUGAUAUCGUUGCCAGAAUCCAUCAAGUUUAAUGUCAGAGAAGGCCUCGUGAGAUGGAUGUCAGACAUUGUAGAGGGAAGACGCAAAUCCACCACAGUGGUGCCAUUCCUCGAGAUCCUGCUGGCCCCAGAAAAGGGCAGAAACAACGGGGUCGACAGUUUUGACAUCUGGAAGGCAGUGAACAGGCACUUUGGGAACAACAAUACGAAGCUCAUCUUUCCGUUCCUGGGCCUCCCCUCAGAGCUCCGUCUGAUCAUCUACGACCACUACUUCGAGCUCGAAACCGCCAGCGCCAGCAAAAAGCUGAUCGAUCAUGUAGUUCCCCGUGGCGAGAACCGGCUCUCUCUGAUGGCUACCAACCAUCAGAUCUAUACUGAAGCUCGCAAGGUUCUCUAUACGAACUUCGCCUUCGGGCUGAAAAGCGUGCCUCAUCUGCGGCAAUUCUUUAACAAUCUCAGAGGGGACAGCUACCAGAUUAUCCGCAAGUUGCAGAUUGAAGAUGUGUCUGCUGAGCAUGUCAAUGCGCUUGCACAGAUACUAUCAGGCCAUGGAUUGCUGGGCGUGCGGUCUCUUAAGUUGGUAGCAACUCCAAACUAUAUGGGCCCAGCGUCUCUCAGGGCCCAAGUCGGAAGAACGAGAAAGAUCCCUACGUACCCGGUGUUUAAGAAGAAGUUGCGCAUAGCUGUGGACAAGUUGUUCUAUCGCAGUGGUUUUUCAAUUCCUAAGCCGCCCACACUUAUCUUGAUUGAUUUCCGUAAGGAUUCAAGCUGGGAUAUCGCAUUCCCUAAAUAUUGGGCAGUCGCUGUUACUUGGAAGGAAUAG